GGCUGGAGCCGUGAAGGAUUACAUUAAAAUGAUGUUGGAGAAUGACAAGCUGAAGUUCCUGGUGUUUGCACACCAUCUCUCCAUGCUGCAGGCCUGCACGGAGGCUGCCAUAGAGAACAAGGCUCGUUAUAUCCGGAUAGAUGGCAGUGUUCCAUCAGCAGAAAGAAUACAUCUUGUGCACCAGUUUCAGAAUGACCCAGACACUAGAGUGGCUAUUCUAAGUAUCCAGGCUGCUGGACAGGGACUGACGUUCACAGCUGCCACUCAUGUUGUUUUUGCUGAGCUCUACUGGGACCCCGGCCACAUAAAGCAAGCCGAAGAUCGAGCCCACCGCAUCGGACAGAGUAACUCCGUACAUAUUCAUUAUUUGAUCGCCAAAGGGACCCUUGACACACUGAUGUGGGGGAUGCUGAACAGAAAGGCAAAAGUUACCGGUAGCACGUUAAAUGGAAAGAAGGAAAAAAUCCAUGCUGAAGAGGAUGACAAGGAAAAGUGGGACUUCUUAAGUUUUGCCAAGUCGUGGACCCCGAAUGAAGACCUGGAUGAUCUAAAAGAUCAGAUACUUUUUACUCACGUAAGAACCCAUGUUUAA